UCUCUCUUAGUCAACUAGAAGAAACAGUGUCAAAGUUACAAGAGGUUAUUAUGAAACACAAGACCAGCGUCCUAAGGUACAAAGCCUUUCAAAUUUUGAAUCUUUAUUUUGUUCAAAACAUUGUCGGCUUCUGGGGUGUCUUGAAUUAUCAUUGUUCAGCUCUGCAUCUCCGAGCCUGUGAAUUCCACUGAAAUUUUUUAUUCAAAGUUUGAUGCUUUUCUUCAACUUGAAAAAUGGGUGUUUUUGAAAUCCAAAAAAACAGUUAGCUGAUUUUAGAAAAUCAUAAAAGAAUUUAAAAGGGGAAGAUGAGGAAUGCAAGUGUUGCAGCUGAAGCAGUGGAGCAAAACUCUAGAAGGAACAAGGGAGUUGUUGAUGAGAAUGUUCCCUUGUUAGCAAAGGUUCAGAGGAGUGAUGAUGUUUCAGGGUUUGAAGAGUUUAAUGGAGCUUCAUUUUCUGGGGCAGUUUUCAACUUGUCAACCACAAUUAUUGGUGCUGGAAUCAUGGGGUUGCCAGCAUGUGUGAAAAAGUUGGGGAUGGUGCCUGGGCUUCUUGCUAUAAUCUUAACAGGUUUCUUGACAGAGAAGUCAAUUGAGUUCCUGAUUAGGAGUUCUAGGGCAGGGAAUCUUCCCUCUUAUGGGAGUCUCAUGAGGGAUGCUUUUGGAAAAUUUGGAAAAGCUUUGGUGGAGAUAUUUGUAAUAGUCAACAACAUUGGUGUGUUGAUUAUUUACACGAUUAUACUUGGGGAUGUGAUUUCUGGAACAUCUUCUGUUGGAACUCACCAUUCUGGUCUCCUUGAAGGCUGGUUUGGAGUUCAUUGGUGGACUGGAAGAACGUUUGUUGUUGCGUUUACAACAGUUGCUGUGUUUGCACCUUUGGUCAGUUUUAAGAGGAUUGAUUCAUUGAAAUUCACGUCUGCAUUAUCAGUUGGGCUAGCAGUAGUUUUUCUAGUGAUUGCUGUUGGAAUCUCAGUCUUCAAGAUCAUAGUCGGAGGCAUUGGAAUGCCCAGACUCUUUCCAAUCAUAACUGAUAUGGCAUCAAUUUUGGAACUGUUCACUGUAGUUCCUGUUCUUGUGACUGCCUAUAUCUGCCACCCCAAUGUACACCCCAUAGACAAUGAACUGGAGGACUCCUCUCAGAUGCAUGGCGUUGUACGUACAUCCCUUGCUCUGAGUGCUUCAGUGUACUUGCUGACAAGCUUCUUUGGGUUCCUCCUAUUUGGUGAAGCAACACUUGAUGAUGUGCUUGCAAAUUUUGACACUGAUCUUGGAAUUCCUUUGGGUUCUGUGCUCAAUGAUGCAGUUCGUUUCAGCUAUGCUGCACAUCUCGUGCUUGUAUUUCCAGUUGUCUUCUAUGGAAUGCGUGUCAACCUAGAUUCUCUUUUAUUUCCAUCAUCCAGGCCUUUGACUCAAGAUAACAUUAGAUUUGCUUCAAUUACUGUUACACUUGUUGCUGUUAUCUUCCUUGGAGCAAAUUUCAUACCCAGCAUUUGGGAUAUUUUCCAGUUUACUGGAGCAACAGCUGCUGUUUGCAUAGCAUUCAUAUUUCCAGCUGCCAUCAUUCUACGGGAUGGACACAGCAUAGCAACUAAAAGGGACAAGAUUCUAUCAGUCUUUAUGAUAUUCUUGGCUGUCUUGUCAAAUGCUGUGGCUUUAUACAGUGAUACUUAUGCCUUGAUCAAGAAGAACAAAACUUAUACAUGAAUUCUUUUUUUCUUGAAACUUUCUUUGAAGCCCAUAGCACAAGCACAUUCAUACUUUCACAAGGGUGGAUCAUGGAAUAAGCCACUAAGUGCUGGUAACAUGUUCAAAAGUGUGUAAAUAAGAGUUUUAAUUAAUGAUCUUCAAGUUUAAAGGAUUUUGCAAAA